AGGAGAAAAACUUUCCGGAAGUCAGUCGUGUGGUCCGUUCCCUGUCUGUGGGUCGCCUACAAAAAUGACAUCAGGCACUGCAACUGGAACUUUGUCACGUGAUCAAUUAACCAAUCAAAUCGGAGAGAUUGUGUCAUGUGACUGCUUUGGUCCAAUCAGAACGGAGUGACGGUGAGUCGAAAAAAAAGCGCCGACUGUCGGAUUCUCCUGAAAAGAACCUAAAAAGCAGCAAGACCGAAAACGGAAAAGACAGGACCAGACAGCCUCAGAUUCACCACUCAACAUGCCUAAGCACAAGUCCAAGGCUUAUGUGUCAGACAGCGAUGACUCUGACAUAUCAGAUGAUGAGAAAGCAGCAAAGAAAAGAAAGAUGGAGAAAAAAAAGAAGCAGAAGGCUGAAAGGGAAGAGGACGAAGGUAGCGAUAUGAUUCAGUUAUCUAACAAGCGCUACGUCAGUGUGCGUGAGUUUAAGGGGAAGUGCCUGAUAGAUAUCAGAGAGUACUAUGAUGCAGGUGGAGAGCUGAAACCAGGGAAGAAAGGCAUUUCACUGACCACUGACCAGUGGCGCAGGUUAAAGGAAGCUGUGGACGACAUUGAUGAGAAAAUCGCGGAUCUAGAUGGAUGACUGACAAUGCAUCGCCCUGAGCAAAGACCAGUGGGAGAAACUUAAGGCAGCUAUGGAGGACAUAGAUGAGAAAGUCCAGGCCAUUGAAGGCUGAGUGACAACUAAGAUUCAGAAUUGUGUUCCUCUAUGUUUAAGACAUUCCUUUUGUUGAUUUGUUUAUAUUUUUUCUGGUGUAAAAGUUUUGAAAGCAGUAAAAGUAUACUUGCAUUUGAUGCAGUUACUGAUAGUCGCAAAAGAUUUACCUUUAUCUCAAGAGUCCAUUGUUUUUUUUUAUAGAUUAGCAGUGUGUCUUAAAUCAUUGAAAGACAUGAUUAUUGCCCUUCAUAAUGAGACCCCAGCUGCGAUGAUUAUGCUUUUGUGCAGGGAACAGCUUGACUGAUUUUUCAACCCAGUCACAGUAACAGCCUGGUUGCUUGUCUCAAAUAAUGACCAUAAUAUACAGGUAUUAAUUGUGAUAAAUGGUAAAAGAUAAACUUCCCAAUGAUUUAUGAUACAAUACAAUUGAUAACAGGACAAUUGAUAUGGUCAACCAAAGUUUAUAAGAUCAGUUUUACAACUGACAUAGGUUACUGUAGAUUUAUAUGUUCAAAUUGAUUAUGAUUUGAGACUUUAAGUAGCACUAAACAUCUAUAGGACACAGUUUGUAUGCUCACAUCUUUAGAGAAAGUCUUCUUUCUGAUGGAGUAAAUCUUUACACAUUCUUAACCAAUCACAUCAAUAGACUUUUGUGUCUGUAAAAUCAACAAUAAAAUUGAUGAAUUAUUG